AUGUCUUCCCGUUACAAGCUCACUUAUUUCUAUUUUCGGGCAAAAGGUGAAAACAUCCGUCAAAUCUUGACUCUAGCUGGCGUCGAGUUCGAGGAUGUGAGAGUGCAUUGGGACAAGUGGCAACAAAUCAAGAAUGAGCAACCAUUCGGCCAAUUACCCGUUUUCGAAGAGGACGGCAAAUGUCUUCCCCAAUCGAAAGCCAUUUGUCGAUAUCUAGCUAAAAAGUACGGGUUGGCCGGGGAAAACGAAUGGGAAGCGGCUCAAAUUGACGCGCUCUCCGAUCAAUUUGAGGAUUUUUUCCAAGAGAUUCGACCAUUUUACAAAACCUACAAUAAGCUGAUUGAGGGGAAUUUGAAUGAUGUCUAUGAUAAAAUCGUGGAACCAGCCCGGGACAAGCAUUUACCCAUUUUCUCCAAGUAUUUGGCCGAAAGCUCGAGUGGAUUUCUGGUUGGCUCAAAAUUGUCAUGGAUUGACACUCAACUUGCCGAUCACAUGUACACGUUUACCGAGUUUCGACCCGACUACGCUCGAAGAUAUCCACAGAUUGAGUACCAUCAAAAGCGGGUUCAUUCAAUCCCCCGGCUACGCGAAUGGAUCGAGAAUCGACCGCAUUCUGUGAUU